ACUUUCCUAAUAGAAAUCAGAAGCAAAUGUUUUGUUAUGAAGUGAUGUGUGGUACGCAGUUUUGAAAGCAUCAAUGCGCGAUACAAACAUGUUUGGGACGUUGUUGGUUUUUUGUUUUAUGAUACUUUGCAGUCCCUUUCUUCUUUUAAAUUACCUAGGAUUGUUUGUGUUCAAUAGCCUGUGGUUGUGGUGCAUUUCAAUAUUUAAUGUGAAGUGUGAUUUUUUACGGGAUACCACGAUUCGCUCUCUAGUUGAUACACCUCGAAAUCAAGGAAUAUUUACGGUGCUGUUGAACAUCCAGGGACCUGCACAACCGGAAGCGGUUCGACGACAUUUACAGGAAGUUCUAAAUCGAAGAGACAAACGUGGAAAUCUCACCUUUCCGAGAUUACGCCAGUUUCUUGUGAAACGGUUCGGAAAGUAUGCGUGGAGGGAAUUGGAUUUUGAGUUAAAUCAAAAUCUGCUAAUUGCGGCCCCGAAUUAUCGCGGACGUCCUAUUUCGGAUAUAAACAUUCAGGAUUAUAUCACCGACAUCGUUCUGAAAUAUCUUCCGAAUGGCGUUUCGCCUUGGCAAAUGGUAAUAAUUCCAUCCACUAAUGUUCAACAUUACAUUUUAUUACGUGUACAUCAUGCCAUAAUUAACGGCGGCGUAAACAUGGCAGAUUUGCUCCCAAUCAUUCAACCGAUGCAAUACUCAAUUCCAACCGCCGAUAGCAAAUUACCUCUGCUGAACGUUGCGAAGAAACCUAAAUACGUGCCGCUUCUAAAGGAGCGCUUUCUGGAGGAUUUUACAAAUCUAUGGAACGAGUUCGUGUCGUCCUGUGAUCCACUGGAACAAACCGAACUAAUUAAAACAAGCCCGGGUUUAUUCCAAUAUCUUGGAAUAAUGUUAAUAACUUGGGUUUCUAUAUGCAAGGAAUGUCGAAAGGGUUACAACGCCGUCAAACAAGAUCCCAUAUCAAAGAUGAGAUACUUCAAUGCAACUUUCGUAAAGGAGACCAAUAGGAGGCAACUGACAUUUUCGAAUUUUCUCAACGCACUUUUCGAAACAAUUCACCCGAUUAACAUUAUUAAGGGCGUUCUUAAUUGGUGGUACUGGUUGCUACUACUGUUACUAAAGGUUCCCGUAUUGAUAUACCAGGAGCUCAUGACGGUAUAUUCGUGUUACAAAACGGAAUAUUGCGGAUAUUCUAAUACGAUAACCGGUUUUCUGUACGGUUACAUUCCGUUAUUUUAUAACGCCACAAACGAAAUAUGCUACUACCUGGGAUUAUUAAUACAAGCACCGGCAAUUAUCUUCGAACAAAUCGUUUUCGAACCCGAGACCAUACAGACAAUUCCGCCGUGCGGAAGAAAAGUUGUUUCGUGGUCCGAACCGGUGAACGUAAACUUCAUUCGGAAAAUUGCCAAAAGUACGGGGGUAAGCGAAACGGAAAUCCUUCUGGCUACCAUUAGCACUACAAUCGCACGUUACUGUGCGCAAGCUGGUGUGGUCACACCCUGCGAGAUUCCCGUAACUAUACGUAAUGUCAACUCGAACUACAUCUUUCUAAGUGGCGACCACGUUAAACCCCAAGAUUGCGUCAGUGGCUUAAUUGGCUUGCGCUUACCGGUGUUGUCAUCGGAAAAAGACGAGACUUUUUUGGAAAAUCUACGCGUGGUUAAAGACAAUUUCGCAAAGGCGAUGGACUCGCAAGCCGUCAGUUACCUACUAACGAUUCUACAGACGAAAUACGGAACGCUAACGAAUUUCCUACCGGCCACCCUCAUACAGGUUCUCCUAAGGUACCUCUCGCGGAAGUACACAAUUUCCAUCACGGAAAUUACGAAUAAUUACAAUAAUACCACCGUACGGACGACUUGGGGGAAAGAGGUCACCAAUGUUAUCUACUGGAGACCACCGCAAGCUAAUAUGAGCAUAUCUUUGUGCUACAAUCAGUAUGGGGAGAAUAUUACGUUAGGCGUAAUGUGCGAUGCACAACUUCUACCAUAUCAUUCCGUUUUGACGAAGGAUUUUCCCGAACAUAUUGAAGAUAUUGCCAUUUCGGCUCAUCUGAACUAGUAUCUAUUGACCUACCUAAUGUCAGAUGACGAGCGCAUAUUAUUUAGUAUUAAUAAAUAGGUAGUCUUU